ACCACCAUGCUCUCGCUACAGUACAUUGUUGUACUUUUGCAAGUAUAUUGUGUAUUUUGUGAAGACUUACCAAAAUGGCAGGAGAAAUACCAUUAUGAGGCGACCAAAACCCAUUUGACAUCUGGAGUAAUAGAAAAAAUAAACUAUUGGCGUACAAAUGACUCAUAUAGAAAAGAUACAUACGAUGGAGCCGCGAAAAUCAUCUUCAAGGAACGGGAACACGUUGACGGAAUAUUGUACGAAAUACAUCCACAAACGAACGGCUCCUACACCAACAAACUCUUCUGUGCUAUGGGCAAAAACAGCAAGUAUCAUGAGGAAAAGGUGAAGGACGAACUAUUACCCGAAAUAGAUGAUACGUAUACACAUAUAGGUUACGACACUUUGGAAAUUGGUGACGUGAAAGUAUUUAAAUCUGUAGAUGAAGACUACGGCAAAACAGUGACCACUGUGUGGGCGAAAUACGAGAACACCAGUUGGUACCCCGCAAGGGUAGAAAUAAUAAAAUUUGGUGAAUUUCGCGAGAACCUUUUGAAGCACAUCGUGAUUGACAUCAUCAACUACAAUACAAACUUCAGCGACGUCGUCUUCGAUACUAAAAAAUAUAAUUGCACUGAAGCACAUGGUCGAAAAUAUUUGGUAGGAUAUAAUGAGGAAAUAAAUGUUGAUGUUGAAGAAAACCUGUUUGCCUGGUUUUUAACAAAACAGAAACCACAAUAUGAAGAUCUUGAUGAAAAGGAGAUGAGAAGACAAAUAUUCAAAGAGAACAUGAGACGUAUAACAGCUCACAACAAUCGGAAAUCCACCUACAGACUUGGUGUAAACAAGUUCAUAGACCGGACUCCCAGUGAAAUGGACAAAUUGCUAAGUCUCAUCCCUUCUUCGACCCAUGACCACAUCGGCACUAUACCAUUUCCUCACGAAUUACAUGCGUUAGAAAAAAUGAAAUUUCCAAAGCAAUACGACUUGCGUUUGAAAGGUUGGAUCACUCCCGUGCAAGAUCAACUGGAAUGCAAAGCUGGCUGGGCGAUAAGCGCGGCGGGCGCGGUGGCGGCGGUGCUCGCUGCCAAAACCGAAGGCCCAUUGCCGCGUCUGAGCAGCCAGGCUAUAAUAGAUUGUGCUUGGGGGUACAAAGGGCAAGGGUGUAAGGGUGGGAACGACACGUCGGCAUACCAGUGGAUUAUGGCGAAGGGCGCACCGCUUGAUAUAAUUUAUGGACCAUACGCUAACCAGAACGGUUUCUGCGCUACAAAAAAACUGAAUAAGGGCUUCAAAAUACAGGGGUUCACAGUCAUACCUCCGCGAAGCGUCGAAGGAAUAAAAUAUGCACUGAUAAACCACGGCCCGGUGACCACGGCUAUGCACACUCCGUACGAUCUCAUAAUCUACACCGGUGGAAUAUUCUACUCCACUGACUGUGACGAUCUCUCGCGUCGCGGUGGCUUGGAGCUGGAUCAUCUGGUGACGAUAGUCGGGUACGGCAGACACCUGGGUGAGGAGUACUGGAUAAUCAAGAACUCGUGGGGCAAGGACUGGGGGGUGGACGGAUACUUCUUCAUGUCCAUGAGAAACAACAACUGUGGAAUCACCGAUAGGCCCGUAUACCCAGUCGCUUAAAACGGGACAAAGGUGGCGCAAAGGUGCGGCAGCCCCAUCAUCACAAUAUUAAUAUAUUCUAGUUAUAAUUAGAUAUUAUAAUAUUAAAUAACGAACAUUAACAUAGCUUCCUUUUACUGUUUUUGCUUAUUACUAAAACUUAAGUUCUAUUUUAAUAAAUACUUGUGCAACG